AUGAUAUGUAUUAUAAAUAUUUGUUUUUAAUUAAUUUUUACCUGCAGCUUCAAUAUUUAAUUAAAUUUUAAAGGUAGAAUAAGCUUUGAAUUAAUUUAUGAAUCAUCUCGUUAUUUAAUUUUUGUGAUAAAGAAAUUAUAUCCAUGGAAUAAGAGAGAAGAUUAAUAGUAAUUUUUUUAUUUGUUUGUUUGUUUAGUUGGUGAUCUAAUUGCAAAUUAAAGGAUUAAUACUACUUUAGUUAACUAGUUAUUAAGUAAAAGAUAACCAAUCAAAGAAAAAGAGAAUAUUAAUUUAAAAUAGCAUAAUAACUUAGCAUUUAUCUUCUAAAAUUUAGUUUAAACUAUUUGA